UAGUGUUGUAUUUGCCGCGUCUUUCCAUCGCUUUCGUUGGAUCUCUCUCUCUCUCUCUCAACCCACAACAACAUGGCUUCUACAAACGCCAUUGCACCCACACAGUCGCCCAAACAAAGCUUCAAACUCCUCGAUCCGUUUCAUUCGGAUGCGAGAACCCUACCCAAGUUCCUCAACCCGACGAAACAACCCAAAACUUCGACACGUUUCUCGAGGAUUCGCGCCAAUGCAGCAAUUUCAGAAGCCUGUGAUCGGUUCCAAGAAUUCCUAAGAAAACAGAAGGAGUACAAGUGGGGGUUCGUGUCCGAUGUCGAGUCGAACUCGAUUCCGAAAGGUCUGUCGGAGGAAACCAUUAGCUUGAUUUCUUCAAUGAAGAAGGAGCCACCGUGGAUGCUCGAUUUCAGGUUAUUUUCAUUCGAAAAAUUCCUUACUUCGAAGGAUGAAAAGUGGUCCGAUAACGUGUUCAACCCCAUUGAUUUUCAAAAUAUAUGCUAUUAUUCAGAAGCAAAAAAGGGGACACUAGAAGAACAAAGCCUCCUCAAGGAUUUUGAGAAAUUAGGUGUGGGGUUGAAUACGGAGGGGGAGAAGAAGCCUCUGUUGGCUGUUAGUGCUGUCUAUGACAGCUCUUCAUUUACCACGACUCACCAAGAAGAAUUGAUGAACGACGGGAUAAUUUUUUGUACUAUGUCUGAGGCCAUUAUCAAGUACCCUGACUUGGUUAAGAAGUAUCUAGGAAAAGUUGACACCAGAGGAUUCUGUUACAUACCUAAGGGGAAAAAGUGUCCUUUUCCAAUUUCCUCCUAUUUUCGAAUAAAUGCCAAGGAGACUGACCAAUUUGAGAGGACCCUUAUUAUUGCAGAUGAAAGAAGGUCUGUCAACUAUUUGGAGGGAUGUACAGCUCCUUCUUAUGACACCAACCAGCUUCAUGCUGCAGUUGUUGAGUUAUAUUGUGCUGAGGAUGCAAUGAUUAACUACUCUACUCUGCAAAACUGGUAUGCAGGAGAUGAGAAUGGCAAGGGAGGAAUUUACAACUUCGUUACGAAGCGAGGCCUUUGUGCUGGAGCUAGGUCUAAGAUUUCUUGGACGCAAGUGGAGACAGGGUCCACCAUCACUUGGAAGUAUCCCAGUGUUGUAUUCGAAGGGGAUGAAACGGUGGGUGAAUUCUAUUCCGUUGCAUUCACAAAAAACUGCCAGCAGGCGGACACUGGGACAAAGAUGAUUCACAAGGGGAAGAAUACAAGGAGUAGGAUCAUCUCAAAGGGCAUUUCGAGUUGGAAUUCUUGCAACUGCUACAGAGGGCUUGUUCAGGUCUUGUCUAAUGCUAGUAAUGCUCAAAACUUUUCACAAUGCGAUUCAAUGCUCAUUGGCGGUAGUUCUGUUGCCAAGACCUAUCCUUACAUCCAGGUAAAGAACCCUUCAGCUUGCAUUGAGCAUGAGGCUAGAAUUUCCAAGAUAACAGAAGAUUUGAUAUUCUACUUUCAACAAAGGGGAAUUGACGCUGAAAAGGCGAUGACAACCAUGAUAUCUGGUUUUUGUAGUGAAGUAUUUCAAAAGCUUCUUGAUGAGUUUAGUUCCUAGAUGAACAUGCUUUUGAGCUUGAAGUUGGAAAAUUCAGUUGGUUAGUUUAAAUUUAGAUCUAUUAGGUUUGCAUUUACCGUACAAUAACAAUAUGUAUAUACUUGAUGGAGCGGUUUAUGGUGGGCAUCUUUUGAUUUAUUCGGGUUUUGCAUGUUUGUAAGAACCUUCUUGAAUUAAAUUAGAUUUAUUAAACACUUGUUCUUUUUGAAUC